AUGGCUUCUCCAUCGUUCAAGCGCCUCGUACGCUUCAUCCCAAAGUCCGACUCUCCAACCAUCCUCAUCGGGGAACCAAUCCAAGAAGAUUUGGAUAUCGGUCUCGCCACUCGUGAAGGCAAGAGUAUCACCGUGACAGUCUUCUCUGGAACAUCCGUCCUAUCCCCAGGUGUUCCCACAGACAGAACUGAAUCUGUUGAAAGGAUCUUAUCACCUCUGGCACAAGAGGAAGUGGGCACUAUCCGCUGCAUCGGUUUAAACUAUGUUCAACACGCAAAGGAAGUAAAAAUGGAGAUUCCCACCAUCCCAACGCUCUUCCUCAAACCAAACACAGCCCUAGGCGAUCCCUACCCCUCCCCAACCUAUCUUCCAAAAAUCACCCAAAACGAUGGAAGUGGCGAUUACGAAUCCGAACUAGCAGUCGUCAUCGGCAAACCAGCCAAGAACGUCUCCGAAGAGAACGCCAUGGAAUAUGUGCUGGGUUAUACUGCCGCAAACGAUGUGUCUAGUCGUGUUUCGCAACUCAAUCAGAGCCAGUGGUGUUUUUCUAAGGGCUUUGAUGGGGCUUGUCCUAUUGGACCUGUCUUGGUUUCAACGUCGGCAAUACCGGAUCCUACAAAGUUACAUAUCCGUGGGUUGAAGAACGGCAAGGUUUUGCAAGAUUGUUCUCUAGACGACCUCAUCUUCAGCAUCCCAAAGCUCAUCAGCUUCCUCUCCCAAGGAACAACCCUCCCCGCCGGCACAGUCAUCAUCACAGGUACACCAGCAGGCGUAGGAAUGGGAAAGAACCCCAAAGAGAAUCUUCAGGCUGGCGAUGAAUUUAGAGUUGAGAUUCUGCCACACAUUGGGACUCUGGUCAAUACCUUUGAGAACGAGGAGUGA